UCAAGAAUUUAGGAGUUACUAGUUUGGGCCACUAGCAAUUUCUUCCUUCCCCAGGUUAGACACCCAGGCUGAGCAAUUGGUUCCGAACCCGGAGGAACCCAGGGCCAGGUGACGCCGGGUCACGUGGCCGGCUGCCUACAUGACGUACGGGCUGCUGAGCGUCACCGUGACGUUCAGGCGACCUGCGAAGUGGCUGGGCUACCUCCGUCACCUGUGCUAUCGGGGUGCUGUCAUGGACCUGGGGCCGAUGCGCAAGAGUUACCGCGGGGACCGAGAGGCAUUUGAGGAGACUCAGUUGACCUCGCUGGACCCCAUCAAGCAGUUUGCUUCCUGGUUCGAGGAGGCCGUUCAAUGUCCGGACAUAGGGGAAGCCAAUGCUAUGUGUCUGGCUACCUGCACCAGAGAAGGAAAACCCUCUGCCCGCAUGCUGCUGUUGAAGGGCUUCGGCAAGGACGGCUUCCGCUUCUUCACUAACUACGAGAGUCGGAAGGGGAAAGAGCUGGACUCGAAUCCCUUUGCCUCUCUUGUCUUCUACUGGGAGCCCCUGAACCGACAGGUCCGUGUGGAGGGCCCUGUGAAGAAGCUGCCCCAGAAGGAGGCUGAGAGCUACUUCCAUUCCCGCCCCAAGAGCAGCCAGAUCGGGGCUGUGGUCAGUCGCCAGAGUUCUGUGAUCCCCGAUCGGGAGUACCUGAGAAAGAAAAAUGAGGAACUGGGGCAGCUCUACCGGGAACGAGAGGUGCCCAAGCCAGAAUACUGGGGGGGCUACAUCCUCGACCCUCAGGUGAUGGAGUUCUGGCAAGGCCAGACUAACCGCCUGCAUGACCGCAUCGUCUUCCGCCGAGGCAUCUCAACAGGAGACUGCCCUCUGGGACCCAUGACCCACCAAGGGGAGGAAGACUGGGUAUAUGAGAGACUUGCACCUUGACUCUGGACAAAGAACGCUGGAGAGUCAUCAGCUGGAAGAGAGUGGGAUAGGGCUGUUAGGAGCGGGGUAAAGGGGCUA